AUGGUAGUCUUGCAACUUCGAUUUUUCUUAGUUCCAUUCCUCACAAGCGUCAUGGGAACAGCACAAUAUAUGAUGCAAGAUGCAGCACUGAUGAACUACAUUGACCGGCGUUUCCUAUCUUUAGAGAAGAGGCUGGAAAAAUGCAACCAAGACAUACUGGAUUACGUGGAAGAAUUCCGAGACUUUUCAAAGAUGGUACUGUCACGCCUGGCAGGACUGAACAAUUAUAAGGCUGAGGUUAAAAGUGAAGUAGAGAAUUUGCUAACAAGAAUUGAACGAGCACAAAGGGACAUUGACUAUUUUGGAUCUGUCACAGAUUCUAAUACAUGUAUAGAAGUACAUGAGGACCUGGUGAAACAGCAGCUAUUUGAAGAAGCAGAAGAAAAAAAGAAACUUAAACUCAUGCUUAAUGCAAGUUGUGACCACAUGCUUGCAGGUAUUAAGUCCCUAAAGAUAGUUAAGAAGACUGGAGAUAAGCAUGGCUCUUGGAUGAAAGAUCCUGGCAAAAAGCACACAAAGAUUUAUUUAUUAAAUGGUUCUGUAAAUAAUGUUAUUUUGGAAUUUGCAAAUAUCAUGACAUUCAUGGAAAGCAAUCAUACACUAAAAGCUCGCAGAGUCACCUUGCCAUUUCCCUGGGAAGGAACUGGCCACAUCAUAUAUCAGGGUUUCCUCUUCUAUCACAGAUAUGGCUCCUUAAAUGAGAUAAUUAAAUUCAAUAUCCAGAAAAGAAAUACAGCUGACCAAAUGCUACUGCCAGGGGCUGGAAGGAUUCCUGCCUAUCAGCUUUCUCCGUCUACAAAAAUAGAUCUUGCCAUUGAUGAGCAAGGGCUCUGGGCAAUCCAUGCAGAACCAGAGACUGGAGGAAACAUUGUAAUUACUAAAAUUAACCACAUAACCAUGGCAGUAGAGCACACUUGGGACACAUCAUGCAAUAGCAAGGAUGCUGAAGCAGCUUUCAUGGCAUGCAACACACUCUAUGUUGUCUACAACUUUCCCAGUGGAGGCACCUCUCGCAUACAAUGUGUUUAUGACGUUUUGGAUGCUGUAAAUACUUACGAAAUCCCAGUAUUGCACUUUCCAAAACGUCAGGGUAGCCAUUCUACUAUACAUUACAAUCCUAAAGAAAAGCAACUCUUUGCUUGGGGUGAUGGAUCCCAGAUCAUUUACAAGCUUCAUACAAAGCAAAAAGUUUAG